UUCCAAACGGCUGCGUACAUUUGUUCCAUACACAGCAGAGGGAUUUUCAAAGCUAUUAUAGUAGCGAUACAACGGUUUAUGCGUCUGGUCAAAGUCUUUGAAAUUUCACCCCAUAUUUAGUCCAUCAUUUCAGGAUGAGUUCUGUCAAAGCGAAUGAUGAGAACAGUGGGGUCAUCCCAGCAGGAAAGCAGAGCAGCUCGUGUCAGGACAUAUUUUCUAUAGAUCAGUCCACUGGGAGGCCAUCGAUCUUGCGUCAGACGGAGAACCUGCCCAAUAAGACCAUGCCAAAGAGCACUAAGGUUUGUUUUCAGACCCCCAGGAGAGACCCUUUGACUAAAAGGAUUCUGUCUCCCAGCAACUCCAUUGUUAUGUCCAGUGUGGACGAAAACAACAAAGUAAUGGAAUCUCUUAAUUUGGACAAAUCAGACAUUUUACAACAUGAGCCCACUGACCCUCCAAAGCAAGCAGAGCCAUCGUCAUUCUCUGACGACAACAUGCCAAUUCAGAGCAGAGGCGGCUAUCAGCUGGAUUUUGACAACCUGGACGCCAUUGAUCCUUUUCAGGGCUCCAACAAGAUGAUCCUCUCUCCUGUGAAACAUGUGGUCGAAGCUCCUGUUGAGACGGCUUCAGAAAACAUCCUCCAGAAACCAGUGGCUGUAGCCAGCCUGGACGACACGCUGCCGUUCACGCCAUCCAUGGAAAACUCCUUAGCGGACGUUUCUGCUGAUGUCAGCUCCAGAGAGAGCAGCGUGGUCACUGUGAAUGUGGUCAAGGUAUCCGAAAUGGAAGAGCAAGACUUGUGCGCAGCUACACCUGAUGACGUGUGUGCUAGCACAGGCCAACAGGAACCAUCUGGCACUUUUGUGGAGGAUGCACCUCUUCCAGCAAAGGGCUCCUAUAACCUGGACCUCGACAACCUUGAUGCCAUCAAUCCAUUCCAGACUGGAGGCUCUAAAAUCCAGAAUUCGCCUGUUAUUCAAAGAAAGGUACCAGGCAGUGAUCCACCUGCAGAGGAGCGUAAACCAGCCGAUGCCCCGGAGGAGGAGAAAAACAUGCCUUCUGAGCUGGAUGUGAAGCCUGCAGAAGCGACCGGAUCUGAGCUUCCUGAUGUUCGCGUUCAAGAAGGACCGAUUAAACUGGAGUUCAACUUUGGAGACGACGGUGAAGUCAAACGAAAACCACCACCGAAAAAAUUUGGGAAAAGAUUCGCAGAUGUGAAGCGUAAAGAAAAAAAGCCAGAAGCUGACCCUAAACCCUCAGAAGAGGCUGCUGUCAAACCUGCUCCAAGUGAUGAUGCAGAUGUUCCAAAAGAAAAAAAAAUAGAAGCUGAUCCUAAACCCUCAGAAGAGGCUGCUAUCAAACCUGCUCCAAGUGAUGAUGCAGAUGUUCCAGUUCCCAAAGCUUCUUACUCCUUUGACUUUGAAAAGUUUGAUGAUCCAAACUUCAAUCCUUUUGGCAGCAAGACAGCCAUUACCAACUCACCAAAGAGUAGCAAUGUCUCCAACGUACCCAGCUCCAUCCUCCAGGAAAUGACUGCAGAACAAACCAAGAACCCAGAGGAAGAGAAACCUGCAUCAUCUGAGGGGGCUGCAGAGAUGUUGCCUCCUGCUGAGCCCAAUCCAGCAGCGAUGGGCGAUUACUUGGCUCUCACUGACAAAGACCUUAAAGAUGAAGCUGCCAGUCAGAACCUCCAGGCCCAGCUUCCCUCUGCGCAGCAGCUUCAGAGGGGCUCACUGGGCUCAGAGGAAAUCUUUCUUCCUGGAACCAUGUUCAUGGCCAGUGACUUUGACGGGCAGAUUGAUUACCUGGAGCAGUUUGGCUCCAGCAGCUUCAAGGAGUCUGCACUGAGGAAACAAUCGCUGUUCCUAAAGUUUGAUCCCCUCCUGAGAGAAAGCCCAAAGAAGUCUGGUGGCCCUGCUGCUCAGCUGCUCUCUGCUGCCCCUACUGGUCUGGCCUCACGACUCAAUGAUGCAGAGAAGGAGUCAACUAAAACGUUGAACAACGAUCUUCUGGUCCCAGUGAGUCUGAAUCUGCAUCCAGCUGAUUUCGAAGCUUUGAUUGGUUCUCAUCAUGCUCCUCUCUCUGUUUGGCCUCUAAUCCUACAGAAUCUUGUCCCUCAGUUUCCAAAACCUGCAGAAAGCGAAGAGGCCAUUAUUGAAGUGCUGAAGUACAGCCAGAAAGACCUGGAUGCAGCCAUCGCUAGGGUGCAGGCAGAGACCAAGGUGAAAGAGGAGCAGUGGGAUGCAAAGUUUAAAAAGCUGCAAGAUGAUGGUCAAGAAAUGAGGAAGGUCAUCGCAGAAUAUGAGCUGUUAAUAGCAAAUAUAAAUGCCAAUCAGGAAAAGGAGCGGGAAGAGGCCCAGAAGAAUCUCAGCAAGGCUCUGAUGGAGAAGCAGCAGGUGUCCAGCGACCUGAACGCUAUGGAGAGAUCCUUCGGAGAGCUUUUUAAGAGACUUGAGAAGUACAAGGAAGUUGUGGAGGGUUACAAAAAGAAUGAAGAGACGCUGAAGGCCUGCGCGCAGGACUACUUGGAAAGGAUGAGGAAGGGGGAGCAGCGCUACCAGGCGCUGAAGGCUCAUGCCGAGGAGAAAAUUAACCUAGCAAAUCAACAAAUUGCUGAGGUUCGAUCCAAAUAUAAGGCAGAGCUUUCGGCUCUUCAAGUGCAGCUACGGCGAGAGCAGCUGAGGAUCCAGACGUUGGAGACGAGCCUCGAGCAGAAGGAAAAAGAAGUGGGAGAGCUCACCAAGCUCUGUGAUGAGCUGAUAUCAAAAGUCCAGAAAGGCUGAUCUGUAAAUGCUUUUUCUUAUUGUUCUUCUCUCUGUUGGUACCUUUCCUCCUGUAGUUUAUUUUAAUGUCUUUCAGUGUCGAACUUGUACAAUAAAGAACUUAUGUUUUUCUUAAUCUA